AUGAUGAGAAAAAAUCGUACUCCUAAAGAAUUUUUACUAACAAUCUUAAACGAACAUCUAAAAUUCCUAAAAAGAACAAAAGAAAAAAUUCCAAAAAAAUAUCAUAAAGAUAUCAAAACACAAGAAGAAAGAACAAAAGACUACCAUGCCCAUGUUACUAAAAAAGAAUUUAUCAAUUGCGAUACUUUGAAGAAUGUAUUUGAAAAAGAAAAGGGUGUGUUCAAUAGAAAAAUCGACAACCUCAAAAGAGAAAUUAGAAGAUUAAAUGGUGUAAUUAGAAGAAAGGAUAAGGAAAUCGAAAUACUUAAUACUUAUUUCAAAUCUGAAUUAGAUCCUUGGAAAAUAUUACCACUCAAACUUCUAUAUAAAAUUUGUUCAUAUUUAUCUCCAAAAGAUUUAUUUUCCUUUAUGAAAGUUAAAAAAUUUUUAUAUAAUAUAUUAAUUUCAAAUAGCAGAAUUUGGAAAAAUUCCCAACAACAGCAAUCUAACCAAAAUCACAAAUGCCCCAGCAAUAUGACUAAACAACAAUAUUGCUUUUUAAACUUCAUAAAUAUAUGUCAAAUAUGUAAUCAACCAGACGAUUCCGCAUUAAUUCUUGAACUAAAGAUCAAAAUUUGUAAACCUUGUCAUGUAAGAAUGCCAACAUUAAUUAGCCAUUUAACACUUGAAGAAAGUGAUUUUCUAUCUGAACUCCUUUUUGUGAUGCAUUCAGUAGAUUACCAACAACUUCAAGUAAAUUACCUAAAUCAUUCUACGCGUGAAUUAUCAAUUACGUCUCAUUUUGUCCAUUACUUGAAAAAAGAAGUAGAUAGUACCAAAAAUGAAUAUCUCAGAGUGCCUGAAAAUGGGAAACAAGAAUGGUUGAAUAAGAAAACAAAGAUUAUUCAAGAAUAUUACAACAAUAUUUUAAAAAUAAAACAUCCAACUAUUGAGGAUCAAUAUUUACUUCCUCAGCAACAAACUUCAUUGCAACCUCAACAGCAAAAUUUAUUGUAA